CUCCUCGCUCGGCCCGGCCAUCUUGUGGGAAGAGCUGAAGCAGGCGCUCUGUGGCUCCGGCGCGGCCCGCUGCAAUCCGUGAAGGAACGCGCCGCCGAGCCUCCAUCAUGCCCGGGCACUUGCAGGAAGGCUUCGGCUGCGUGGUCACCAACCGAUUCGACCAGCUAUUUGACGACGAAUCGGACCCCUUCGAGGUGCUGAAGGCCGCGGAGAAUAAGAAAAAAGAAGCCGGCGGCGGGGGCGGCGGCGUGGGGGGCCCCGGGGCCAAGAGCGCCGCGCAGGCCGCCGCCGCCAACGCCGCCGCCGCGCAGGCCAACGCCGCCGCGGCCGGCAAGCAGCUGCGCAAGGAGUCGCAGAAGGACCGCAAGAACCCGCUGCCGCCCAGCGCCGGCGCCGGCGGCGUGGGGGACAAGAAGGAGGACGCGCAGCCGCCCGUGGCGCUCAAGAAGGAAGGAAUAAGACGUGUUGGAAGAAGACCUGAUCAACAACUUCAGGGUGAAGGGAAAAUAAAUGAUAGGAGACCAGAAAGGCGAACACCUCGUGAACGAAGAUUUGAAAAACCACUUGAAGAAAAGGGUGAAGGCGGAGAAUUUUCAGUUGAUAGACCGAUUAUUGACCGGCCUAUCCGAGGCCGUGGUGGUCUUGGAAGAGGUCGAGGAGGCCGUGGACGUGGAAUGGGACGAGGAGAUGGAUUUGAUUCUCGUGGCAAACGUGAAUUUGAUAGGCAUAGUGGAAGUGAUAGAUCUUCUUUCUCACAUUACAGUGGCCUGAAGCAUGAGGACAAACGUGGUGGUAGCGGAUCUCACAACUGGGGAACUGUCAAAGAUGAAUUAACAGAAUCCCCCAAAUACAUUCAGAAACCAAUAUCUUAUAAUUGCAGUGACUUGGAUCAAUCAAAUGUGACUGAGGAAACAACUGAAGGUGAAGAACACCCAGUGGCUGACACAGAAAAUAAGGAGAACGAAGUUGAAGAAGUAAAAGAAGAGGGUCCAAAAGAGAUGACUUUGGAUGAGUGGAAGGCAAUUCAAAAUAAGGACCGUGCAAAAGUAGAAUUUAAUAUUCGAAAACCAAAUGAAGGCGCUGAUGGGCAGUGGAAGAAGGGAUUUGUUCUUCAUAAGUCAAAGAGUGAAGAGGCUCAUGCUGAAGAUUCGGUUAUGGACCAUCAUUUCCGGAAGCCAGCAAAUGAUAUAACGUCUCAGCUGGAGAUUAAUUUUGGAGACCUUGGCCGCCCAGGACGUGGUGGCAGGGGAGGACGAGGUGGCCGUGGGCGUGGUGGACGUCCAAAUCGUGGCAGCAGAACUGACAAGUCAAAUGCUUCUGCUCCUGAUGUAGAUGACCCAGAGGCAUUCCCAGCUCUGGCUUAACUGGAUGCCAUAAGACAACCCUGGUUCCUUUGUGGACCCUCCUGUUUGAGGUUUUUGCAUGCUUAAGGAUCCCAAACGACUAAGAAAUUAAAAAAAAAAAAGACUGUCAUUCAUACCAUUCACACCUAAAGACUGAAUUUUAUCUGUUUUGAAAAUGAACUUCUCUUGCUACACAGAAGUAACAAUAUGGUAGUCAGUUUUGUAUUUAGAAAUGUAUUGGUAGCAGGGAUGUUUUCAUAAUUUUCAGAGAUUAUGCAUUCUUCAUGAAUACUUUUGUAUUGCUGCUUGCAAAUAUGCAUUUCCAAACUUGAAAUAUAGGUGUGAACAGUGUGUAUCAGUUUAAAGCUUUCCCUUCAUUUGUGUUUUUUAAUUCAGAAUUUAGAUGUUCUCCCAAUUACAAACUGGUUUUAAAUAUUGGACAUAGUAUCCGUUUUAAUACCUGCUUUGCAUUUUCACACGUGGUCAGUGGGACAUGUAAACAUGGAUUUGUCAGAUUUUAAGCUGUGUGAAAUACUAACAAUAUGUAUUUUAA